AUGGGCCGGAUACAAUGAUUGAUUACGUGUCACACUAUCCAAAUCGCGACGGACAGAGAGAGAGAGAGAGGCGAUGGAGGAAGAGGAGCACGAGGUAUACGGCGGAGAAAUCCCCGACGUCGGAGAGAUGGAUGGAGAUAUGGACAUGACUGGCGCUGAUGACGAUGCCGCUAAGGAGUUGGAUGAGAUGAAGAGACGAUUGAAAGAGAUCGAGGACGAAGCUGCUGCUCUUCGCGAGAUGCAGGCCAAGGUUGAGAAGGAUAUGGGACCUCAAGAUUCUGCUACUGUAGCAUCAGAUCAAGCAGGCAAGGAGGAGGUGGAUGCUCGAUCUGUUUUCGUUGGCAAUGUUGAUUACGCAUGUACACCUGAAGAAGUGCAGCAACACUUCCAAUCAUGCGGCACAGUCCAUCGGGUGACGAUUCUGACAGACAAGUUCGGGCAGCCAAAGGGGUUUGCCUACGUCGAGUUUGUGGAAGCUGAAGCUAUACAAGACGCUCUACAACUGAAUGAAUCAGAGUUGCAUGGUCGUCAGUUAAAGGUGUUGCCUAAGAGAACAAACGUUCCUGGAUUGAAACAGCACCGUGGUAGAAGAUUCAACCCGUACAUGGGCUUCCGCAGACCUUUCAUGUCUCCGUAUAUGUAUUCUCCUUAUGGAUAUGGGAAAGUUCCUAGGUUCAGAAGGCCAAUGCGUUACAUGCCAUACCAAUAAAAAAAAACCUUCACGGUUUAAACAUGUCUUAUAUCAUUCCAUUGUUUGAGCUUUCAGUGACUUCUCUGCUCUCUUUGUUUUAACAACUUUGCAUGUAAACUUUUUCGAAUCUUGUCUGGUUUUACUAGUUUCAUAUUGUUAUGUGUUGCAUUGUGUGGUUGGGUUUAAUAUUUUGUUGAAAUCA